AUGGAAUCAUUGGAGAAUUAUUUUAAAGAAUGGGCUUCACAGUAUGGUCAACUUAAGUUUACAAAGACGGAAAUCGAAAAGAAAAUGUUAAAAUUGUUGUAUGAGCUUAGAGACGCAUACUUAACAUUGCUCAUAAUGCUGGCAAAAGGGUAUAAACAAGAUAAGAAUAGGCUUAUUGAAUUACUCAAUAUAACAUAUUGCCCGGCAUCUAUUCUUGUAGAAUCAGGCCUCACUGUGAGAUAUUUGAUGAAAGAAACAAAUUAUGACCAAUUUCUAAAAAGUCUUCUAAAUAAUGUUGAGGCUAACCAUGAAGCCCCCAGGUUUAGCAAAUCUUUGAUAUUAAG